GUCACGGGGGAAGUGGUGGCACAAGGUGGGGGCGGGGCCAGUGCGGGGCAAGAUGGCGCUGAACAGGAACCACUCGCAGGAGGGUGGUGUCGUCGUUCCUAACGGCGAGAGCGUUCUCAAACAGUGUAAAGAUGUGGAGCUCUCCUUCAGUGACGUGACGGGCAAGCCUGAAGCCUUCAAAGGCACCAAGAAAGGAAUGCUAUACCUCACCCCUUACAGGAUGAUCUUUGUAUCGAAGGGCAAGGAUCCCAUGCUGUCUUUCAUGAUGCCAUUUUAUUUGGUCAAAGGGUGCUCUAUUGAGCAGCCUGUUUUCUCUGCUAAUUACAUCAAAGGACAGAUUCAGGCUGAGGCAGGAGGUGGCUGGGAAGGGCAGGGGACAUUUAAACUGACCUUUAACAGCGGAGGAGCCAUUGAGUUUGGACAGCUGAUGUUCAAAGUUGCUUCCAGCGCUUCCAGUGGAGUCCCUCUCCAGAACCCUGGCUAUGGCUAUACACCUGUGCCCGGAGGGUAUCCACCCACCCCACCUGCUCCAGGGGGUUAUUCGCCUGCGCCGGGGGGCUAUGCUCCUCCACCACCAAAUGGACCAUAUCCUUACAUGCCACCACCAGUGAAUGCCUAUGGACCAGCUCCACAGCCCAUGGGAUAUCCAUAUGCCCAGCCUCCAGGUAUUUACCCACCACUUCCAAACAUGAACCCCAUGUAUGUGCCACCUCCUCCCCCAUACUCCGGGCCUUCUCCUGCAGGACCUUCGGCCCCCUCAGCUCCCACAGCCUGGGUGGACCCAGGGAUGCCAGGUGGCAGUAAGGCCAUGGAAGCUACUUCCAGUGCAUAUUACAACCCUGCCAACCCACACAACGUGUACAUGCCCAUGGAUCAGCCACCUCCUUAUACACCUCCUGAGGAUAAAAAGAACAACUAACAGCCUCCCACACUCUCUCUCCCUGAAGACAAUUUGGCUGUCACUACCCCUUGGGUUAGCAUAUCUCUAGAUCUCUAUGUAUAUACAGUGUAUGUAGUGUCGGGCUGCUGAGCCCCUGCCCUCCUUAAACAUUGUCAGUGGCAAUACAAGGCAGAGCAGCGGCACUUUCCUGCUUAUUUGCAUCAUCUCAUGGGGUCAGAGCACUAACCUUUUGCUCUGCCCUUGGCUUGAGGGAAGAGAUGGAUUUCUUCAUAAACCAGUGAACCAUAUCACUAAUCUAAGAGUAAAAUAUGAAGUCUCUGGGAUCUUGCAGUAGAACUAUUUGGAGUGGCAGCCUUUUGACUUCAAGCAUCAGCCAAGAGGAAAGGUAUAGACAGCCAUGAAGUUCCUCGCAUAGACCCUUGGGAGCCCAAGAAAGGUGGUAAUUUCCUUAAAUUCUGGCACAGCUCAGUGUGAGAUGGGACUCUGGAAAUCCUGUGUCGUGCUGGAAGCAUGUUUCAUGUCCUGGACUAAUAGUCGUGGGGUGACAAACUUGAGAAAUGCAUCCUGAGAGACACUUAACCAUUUGGUAGUGUAAGUGGGAAGGGGAUGGGACCCAACCUGCAGAGGCCAAACCCAGCAGCUCAGUCAUAAGAACUACAAAGUGCUCUGGAUAGAUCAUCCUACUGCAUUUCUGACGGCAAGAGGAGCUUCUGGGCACAGACAUGCCUGCUUUGAAUGCAGCAAAACCUUCUGCUAGUAUUUCUCCAUCUCCUUUCCUACUUAUCCUUCCAGAAUGGGGUGAGAUGUUGCACUUGCUGGUGUCUGGAGAGCCAGCACUGUCUCUGCUCCUUCCCCUCUGCUGUGAGAUGCACCUCUGCAUUUCCAGUGAAUCUUCAAAGUCACGAUGGGAGUUUUCUGACAGAUCCCUUACAUGCCACAAAGCCAGGCUGUAUAGUUGCCUGAUGCUCAUGGCAGAGAAGCUGUGUGAGAAGUAACUGGAAACAAGCAAUGACUUCCUAAAAUCAGCCUGCCUUUGUAGCUGUAGAAUAGAAAAGCAAACAGGAGGUGGGGCUGCAGGGCCGUGAACUAAUAGCUUGGCAGGUGUGGGUAUCAGUCUUCCUUUUGGUCUUCUAGGAGCAGGUCCUGUGUCAAGUAGCCAUUCUUCAAGCAUAACAGAGCCAAGUGCUGAGCAGGAAGCUGCUUGCCUUGGAGCAAGAUAACAGCAGGAAGGUAACCUGGCACUGGCCUUGUCAGAGGACAGGUCCGGCAGCCCUGGCUCCUUCUGCUGAGCAAGCUCAUGCAGAGUGUGAGCCUGACAAGGGAAAACUGGGCUUCCUCUCUUCCUUAGGCUGCUAAAGCGAUACUGUGUAUGCCUGCAUCUGAGCAGUGUGGGAAGAGCAGGCUUUGUAGUACUGGGCUUUGGUUGCUUAGGGUUGCAGCACCCUCUGAACUGGGAAACUGCUGUCUCUGGUGUGGAUGUUACUAAUGCUCAACUCUGCUGCUGCUCAGCUGCAGCCUUUCCUUCUUCUUUAGGAGAUAUUGCCAUUAAACCUGCUCUGAAGAGAGUGCCACUAGUAUGAUGGAGACCAAUGUGGUCCUUUAUAUAUGGGAUGAUCAUACUUCUUCCCUGUAGUCUUCCUACUUUCUCAGUGAAGGGGAAAGAGCAUGUUUUCCUCUUACUUCCCUGCAUGCCAGGGCUUGAGGUUUGCACAACAUAUAAGAAUGAAUUCUUGAAGCAGCCUGGCAUAGGGGGAAGUGAACUUCCUUUUCUAAAAAAACCCACCACCAACAAAACCUUUUAAAUCAGUUAGAGAUGUUCUGAUGAUUCUCUGAAACUAAAAAAUUCAGCCAUGAAUGUUUGUAACUUUUGCAUUGCACUUUAAUACAGAAGUGUUGAUAACUUUA